UCUAAUAUAUGUGCACGUUUCAGUUUGUACCGUCUACUUUGCGCAUUCACAUUCUCUCCUUCGCUCUGUUUUGCGCCCCUCCAAAGCAGUAAACCUAGGGGAAACACUGUAAUAUACAGAUCAAGCUUUCAGAUAUGCAUUAAAAGGAUGUCAACACACACAUUUUGGAUUUCUGCUGUGACAGCGGAAACCAAUAUAAACACUGCGGCCAUUGUGUGUAAACAAGCAAAUAUGAACAAUGCAACUUAACAAUAUAAGUGCUGCUGCUCCUCACAGAGAGGAGAGGAGAUACGCUGUGAAUUAUUUAAAGUUAGGGCAGAUUGCCCUCAAUCAGUGUCUAAUCUGUCAAAAUGACAAACUGUUAGGGUACUGUACUUCAUGCAUGAGAGGAAGUUAAUAAUGGAUCCCUUAAUGUCCUUUGGCUUGUGGUGAAAGUGAAGGGAGGAGAAAAAUGAUAAAGAGAUAAUACCUGAGAGGACCCAGCUGUUUCCUGUCCGGCAGUCCAUUCCUCUGUACUUGCUCCAGCUUUAAAAGUGUGCGUCAGAAUAACUAAGUAAAGACUUAUCUUAACUUGGUGUAAAUACUCCUUGAUUAUUGAGGCUUUCAGAAGACAUCUUACUGAACACCAGCACAUUAUGGUCUUCCAGCAAGGAACAGAUAAACUUAGAUUCAGUGUUUUGUCUCCAUUGAACUAACUAACCAGAUGCUGUAUGUUUGUUUUUCUUUUUGUCCCAAGACACAUUUCUAUGACCCUCCCAGCCAGCUUCAGAGGGAAGAACGCUACCAGACCAGACUAUGAGCACCAGAACUCCAACCUGUAUGCUAUCUCAGCAAUGGAUGGAGUGCCUUUCAUUAUCUCUGACAAGUUUGCCUGUGCCUCAUCCGAUCUGCAGCAGGUGGAUCUCAUGGGCAUUACAAUCAAGUCAUUGGCUGAGAUUGAGAAAGAGUAUGAUUACAGUUUCCGCACAGAGCACAGUGCAGCAGCUCGCCUUCCUCCCAGUCCAACAAGAUCAUCCUUGAGCUCUGAGGCCUGAGGAUCCUCCUGUACACACAAACAGUCCCUGAGAAGGAAAGACAACUCUAGACUUCUGGGAGAUGUCAUGGUCUCCAUUUGUUAGUUGUACGGUUGAAUUACAAAGGAAGUGAGAACACUGAGGGACUCUGGGUCUGGCUGAAACCCCUACGUACAACAUUGAUGAGAUGGAACUGCCCAUAGUUUCUUACUCAAGGAAAUUAAAGGAAUCUCACUCGUAUGAUUUUUAAAAUACAUUUCUUUUCUCAAAAGAAUCAUGAAGUGUUGUUGUCUGUAACACAAAUUAGACCGUCCAACCUGAAGGAUCAAGUGGAUAUUUUAUUCUGAUGGGUGCUCUCUGAAAUGAAGUGAGAGUGUGAGAGCAGCCAUCAUGUUUUCCUUCCUUGUUCAUGACACGCAUGCCGCUGUCGUUGGCCUGAAUCACGGCCCCAGGAGGGCAAACAUUCCCAGUAUAUGUGUUGCAAAUACAAAAGGAAAGAUUGUCAUUGCUCUGUAAUAUACUGGUGUGACUGUGAGUGCACUUUGUGUUUUGGACUUUCACUGUGCUUCCUAUUAAGCACUCCUCCACUGUGUGUAGAUGAGCCAGCCAGCAGCUGGGCUCACACACACACACACACACACACACACACACACACACACACACACCACUCUUCUGCUGAGUUUUGUCAACCAUUGCUAAUGUGAUUUUCUUUUUACAUUCUUUAGGGCAUCAUUUAGGGUAUCAUUUUACGUAUUAGCGAUGAGCUCUUGAGAUUUACCAAAACAAUGCUUUUUUCAGUACCUUACUUUGACUAUAGAAAAUGUGUAAAGAAAAAAAAACGUUUUUCAUGGGAAGUGGAACACUCUGUUUUUUAUCUUCAGCACUCCCCUUCACAUGUUCAUAAAAAGUAGAAUGAAGCGUCGCCCUGUUUAACCUGGAUGACUUAAAGGCACAAUGACAGUUGUGUAUGUAACCUGGGUUCUAUGAAUUAUGUCUGGCUGCUAUUACAUUAGCUUGUGCAACUCUACAUACUGUCCACGUUGAGUAUCUAGAGCAGACCUUUUUAUUAGAAGCAGAAACCUUCAUGAUCACAACAAAGUUGUACGAUUAAUUUGUUACAUACAGAAAACUACAGCUACCACUAAAUGUACUAAUUUUGAUCUUAUGGGAAAAUGUCUUUGUUGUUGAGUUUUCUUAUUCUUUGUUAGUAUCCUUAUCUUACCAACUUUUGGUGCGUUACCAUUUGUGUUUGUGUCUGUGCCACGGACAUAUUUCAGACCUUACCACAAACAGGGAUCGAGGUUUGAUACCCAGCCCUAGUUUCUUUACAUUCUAUAUUUCUUUACAGAUUUAUCUUCACUAUUUUGAGUUACUUUUUUGGGUGCAAUGCUUUAACAAACACAAAGGUGUUGUAGUUAGUGUUACAAAGUGUUGUUGGUUCCAUGCAUGAACAAAGGAAAAAGGUUUAUUUGAGUACAUUGGUUGCAUGUGAAAAACCUUUGUGCCUACAAAGGUAGCUUUUAAUUCAGCUACACUUUAACUUUUCUUUUAGCUUGAAUCUGUCUGAAGUCUUAUAACUUUAAUAAGCAGUUUUAUUUUAUACCCUUUUGCCAUGUGAACUCCAACUCAGAACCACUAGAGUGCAGCUCUAAUGAGACUCACGGGACAUUGACACCAAGAAGGGGUCCGAGCUGGGCCGGUCUGAGGACAAGUGGAACAUUCCAUAGUCAAUUCACCAGCAGCACUGCGUAACAACAGUGGAGCGGCUGUCAGGCAACAGCCAAGCUUGUUGGUAUUGGAAAUGUUUCAAAUGACCUCAUUGGUGGAAAAGCUGUGUGACAAAUUUAAAAGGUGUCUCGUAAAGUUUACCUAGAAGGGAUUGUAUCAGAAUAAUUGUGGCUUAGUAAUAUUCACAAUUCUUAAUUACAGAAUUGGAAUCUUUUAUUUUACUUUAUCCAUUACCAACAGCUGAUAUUUGUUUUUUAGCAUAUACCUAUACAAACAAAGUAGAUGAUUUUACAGUGUACAAUUCAACUUGUCAGUGCUCUCUGGUGGACUCACUGUGAAAUGGAGACACUGUUUCUAAAUGACCUCAAACAUGUAUUUGAUGUUCCUUGUUACUUAUGGGCAAACAUGUAUGCCAAUACCGAUAUAACAGAAAUUCUCAAAUACUGUCCAUGGCCUGGUUUCCCUUAUUUUACAAAUAUAUUUCAUCAUAUUUUGUUUUCAGAUGUUAAAUUGCUGUUGAUGCAGUUUCAAACCUUCCUUCAUGUUUACCUGUUGUGACCAACAAUGUCCUACUCUCCUCUGCUGCUUUUCUUAUUUGCUGUUAAGCUACCGUCAACGAAACUCAACACUUCCUGCACAUGUUUCAAAUGAAAAGAACACCAGUUGCUCAAAGGGCAUAAUCCUUUCCUGGUAGGAUUUUAUGUAAGAGACAUUUAUUAAAUCCAUUUAGACAUUGCCCUUAAAUUCACUCCAACAAGAUGUCUCUUUGUAUUAAGUAGAACUUCUCCUUCAUGUUAUUGCAGUAUUGUGUUGUGAAGCACCAAGGCUUUGGUAAACAAUUACUGAGUAAAAUUAGAUUUUUUUUUCACUCCAUUUGUUUGAAUUGUGCAAUAUUACCAUAGCUUGCAUGGUUUAGCUCCUUUUUAUUUUGUCUAAUUUAUUAGUUAUUUCAGAAUUGUGACCAAUGUUGUCCUAAAGCCUCUGGUGUUUUCAGAUAUGUAACAUAAAAUUGUCAUUGCACUGUCGACAUGUCUGUAUCUGCCUGCUCUGUGGUAACCAUUUCUCAGCUGUGUCGUUUUCCUUAAAGUUUUGCAGUUUUUGCAUUUAAAAACUAACCUUGUAUCUGCAUUAACAACAAAUAAUAAUCUAGAUUUGAUGUUAGUUCGCAUGCAUGGUGACACGAGGUGUCAGAGGUUUCAAUAGGACAGUUAUGUUGGUAGGUUCUUGAUCAAAAGUCACAGAUUUUGCCUCAUAAAUAGAUUUUAUUCACUAAAUAAUGAACAAAACCGUGUCAGAAUGUGUAUUAUAAGGAAGUUGUAUUAAACUAUGUUGAAAUUAA